AAACUACUUUUAUGAAUAUAGUUUACUGUAUUUAUUGAAUUGAAUGCAAUUGAAAACAGAUAAAUAGUAAUCUUGCCGUGGAGAAGAAGGAUCAAGCAAAACAAAGCAAAGAAAAUCAAGGAAAGUCAAAAUAUUCUUGAGAACAUCCUUAAAGAACAUUUUGUAUAUAAGCUGAUCUGUCUUCUGGAAAUCAUCAAAUCUGUACGAAGAAACCUAAGACAUAAGCAAACUUGAAACAGAGCCAUUCAUUACAACAACUGCUAUUUUAUAACUAAUUGAUCCGAAUCGGUAGACGAAAAGACAAAAACUGUUCACCGAGUUAACGUAAAACUUACGAAACCUAUCGGAGUAAACAAGUUACAAUUUGUCUGUCUCAUGUUUGAUAGAGGAAGAGGGAUGCUACGCGCCGCCGGCAGUGGGAUUCUACGCGCCGCCGGCAGAGGGGUGUUAGGCGCCGCCGGAAGAGGGAUGCUACGCGCCGCCGGACGCGCGAUGAAGAGGACCGGCGUAGCCAAAGGCGGUAAUAUUCAAGAUCCCUUUGUUUCAUCACCAGCUGGGAACGCUUCUGUCUCGCUUGGUGGAGGUUAUGUUCAUAAAUUUGGACCAAACAAUCUGAGGAUCUCGGCGGCGUCAGGGUCGCUGUUGAAUCUUCCGGUGGCUACGACUUCGAGAUGGAACGGGGGCGCUUUUUCGUUUAGUAGUUCCGGCGUUUAUGAAGAAGACUUAGAGUGGGUUACGGUGGAAGAGAAUGAAGAAGAAGAGGACUCUGUUUUUGGCUCUGUUCCUUCUGUUGAUGAAGUUGAAGAUGCUGUUUCUGCUCUCAAGCAGGUAUUCGAUGGUAGUUCGUAUUCUCAAAUGGUUGGAGACAGACACAAGUGCAAUCCAGAAAAUGGUGGUGAAAACCAGAGUCUCAUAGCUACAGGAACUUCGUUUGGGACGGAGCUGGACUGGGUGGAGCCUUCAAUUGAACUAUGCCAUUCAAGAAUCUUACAGCCUCGUGCUUAUGAUCAUGUUUACAAUGCUUUUGACCUACUACGAACCGAACCAUCCGUCCAGAAAAUGGUGUUAUCAUUGUCAUCUGACAAAGCAGUGUGGAACGCAGUGAGGAACAACGAGGUGGUGCAAGAGAUUAAGGAGUUGUAUUACAAUGGCAUUAAUCAAGACGAGGAGAGUUCAGAUGAUGAGAGUUCAGAUGAAGAGAGUUCAGAUAACACUCCAGGGGAGAAUAACGCUGCAAUAGAUUUCAUCAAAUGGGUAUUUGACAGCACGGUGGUUAAGGCCACGGAAGUGUUAAAGAAGAUAAUAAAGCUCGUGAUAGAGCUCUUAAAUAGUUUGAAAGUUAACAAAAAGAGGAAACGUGGUAAAUUCAACAAUUGGUUCGAGGAAGAUCUCAAGACUUCGGUCUUCCUCUCCAUCUUGGUCAUGUUGGUCGUUAUUGUGUCCCGAGCCCGCAACAUGUCUAUGAACGUUCCAAGUUGUUAAAGAGUUUGCUUUCACCCUCCAAUACAUUGGAUUGUUUUACAACAGAAGAAGACAAAAGAAGAGUUGGUUUGUAGUUACAGAAUCCAAGGGGGACAAUACUCAUCACAACAGCUAUUGUCACCCACAAAUUCUCAAAGGCUAGGGCAUUGGACCGGUCCAUACCGGUUACAUCUAUGAGAUUAACUGGGACGUGGUGAUUUAAAUGUUGAUGACUGCAUGCAGCUUUCGUCUCAGGAUUGUUGCGGACGAAGCUUAUUGAAACAGAAGUGAAAGCUAUGUUGUCUGGAUCAUGUCAGGAAGAUGAGGUGGCUACAUCGUCGUCACCAGUACAUAGUCCUAUGAGUUUUACUUGGUUUAUUUUAUCAUUGAUCAAUGUUUAAACUUGUAAGGUUUAAGAAUCUAAGAUCAAAACUCUUCAAAACCAAAUCAAAUACAAA